UUUACAAAUGCUGCAACAUCUCCAUACGAACAGAAAUGAUGCACACCGUCUUCCAGGGGUAAAAGCACUAGCCCUGUAUUUAAGUAGAGGCGCAUUAACCCUCCCUGGAUUGUGCUCUGGUGGUUGGAGAUGUGCUUGUGCUGGUAAAAUGGGCCAGCUGCCGUGCUCUCACAGCAGAGAUUAUGCAACCAGGAUCAGCUGCUGCUUGCUUUCACACUUUCCUUUCUCUCGUUUACUGCUGCAUUACAACAUAUAAUCAACAAAAUACAUUAGUGAGCUCUCUACCAAAUAUUUCAGCCAUUUGGGUUCAGCGGUGUAGAGGAUGAAGAGAACAGAACGGCCAGUGGUUGAAACCAGUUGGGUUUAAAUGAUUUUGGACUAUCAAGAUAUUUAUUUAUUUUCUAAUAACUCAUCAGUGGAAAAAAGUUAUAUUUUUCAAAUAAGUUUAAAAACAUUUCACUUACUUUGUCAAAUAUAACAACACAAGUCACACAAAGUCAACAUUUUUUCCACAAUAAUAAAAAGAAAACAGUUUUAAAGAAUACAUUUUUUUUAAAAGCAUCAUAAUUUUUUUUGUACGCUUAAUUAGUUUACAGAGGAAAAUUGAUGAACUGACUGAGCUUAAAUGUGGGGUUCAAUGAAUACUUUCAAAUUUAAAGCAUUUAAAACUAAAACAAGCUUUUAUCUUGUUAUAAAAGUGUCUAUGAAGGGAAACUAGUGUGUGUGUGUGUGUGUGAGACUCCUGCAAAGACAAGCAUAAAGUUUACAGAACUAGAUUUAAAUAUUACUGACAUCUGGGGGUAAAAUUAUGGAAAAUUCAAAUCAAAUCAAAUUCAAAGAUACUUUAUUAAUCCCAGAGGGAAGUUAGGGUUUCAGUACACACAAUUCUGAGAUCAGACAUACAUUCAUAGACAUAGACACAUGACAAGAAUUGGUGACUGUGGUCAUUUGCAACCUGAGUCACGCUACCUUAAUAGAGAUCAGAGGGUUUAUUUGAGGAUUGAGUCAGGUGGAGGAAAAAAAGGCACUUCAGAGUUACCCUCCACAGAGAGGGCAGCUUUGCUAUGCAAAAAACACCUCAGAAAGAAAUGCAACAGACUUCAGACAUUACACAACAUAAGUGUCCACUAGGUGGGGAGGUAGGGUUGGGGACUCUCCGCACAUCAGUGCAUGCAGCCACGAUAAGCAGCGCUCUUCACCCCCGUUUGGACAGGGGAGGGAGGUAAUUGGGUUAGAGAACACAGUGACUCCUGGAAACGGUUCCACAGCCUUCACCGGUCGCAGUCCCGCCCAGGCUGGGAUAGGAGACAGAGUUGCCAUGGCGACAGCAGCAUUCCACAUUUCAUCUGAGGGGGAGUAAUCACUUCAGCCUCACAGGCUCAAGAGCACCAGAUUUUGGGGCCAGACAGAGAUAAUUUCCUCUCUGUCUUAAAGUUCUGUUGGUCUCCAACCCCUCUAAAUCCAAUAAUGGCAUAAAUUAAUCUUUUCCCAACAGUGCUGUCCCGUCAACUCGCUCCUUGAUCGAAUCAACCUUCUGUGCCAGAGCCUGAAUCUCAGCCAACUAUACUUAAAGGUGCAAGAAGUAAAAUUGACAUUCUGUGGUCAAAUGUGGGUACUGCAGUCCAGGUUUCAAGACAAACGAGUCCGCUCUGAGUGGCUGACAGCGGUGGAUCAGUGCCAGAAUAUUCAGAAGGGCCAUCAGCUGACACAACCUUUCUGAUAUAAACAUUUUACUUCCUUUAACACAGAAAGUACUACUACUAGUAGUUUAUUUAUUUAUGUAUUUAUUUAUUUGUUUGUUUGUUUGUUUGUUCUGUCUUCUAAAACCCACAGUGAGUUAUGGCGGAUGGCUGCUUAUACUGAGCCAGGAUCCUCUGGAGGUUUCUUCCUGUUAAAAGGGAGUUUUCCUCUCCACUGUUGCUGCAUGCUUGCGUAGUAUAAGGAUUGCUGUAAAGUCUGACACAACAAGUCAGUGACUCGAUGCAACCUGCUGGAUUUCCUCAGAUGGAAAACUUCACUAAUUGGUAUAAUGAAUGGAACUGACUGAGUGGGUUCAGAUAACCCUUGUUGUGGUUUGGCGCUAUAUAAGUAAACUGAUUUGAAUUGAAACCAGAUUCUAGAUGACUAGUGAUGAGGAGUCACACACUGUAGGUAGAUAAAUAUAUAUCACAACUAUUGAAUAAUUGGAAAAAAGUCUCUUGAAUUUAGCAGGGACCAUUUUUGUUCUAGUUCACUGUUAGCAUUAUUUGCUCAAGGUUACCCCGUAGACUUUUUUUACCUGAUUUAGAGGGAAACAAAAAGGAUGUUGUAGCAUCUUAGCAGUACAAUAAAGGCCUUCAGGUCAGCUCCUUUUCUUACUAAAAUUCUGUCCACAGCGCUGCUGAGUUUUGCAGCUCGGUGUCGAAUUACAAAUGCCGGCGCAUCAAGUGUUUGUGUUGAAGACUUGGCAAACAUUGUGAGCUUUGCUGGAACCAGGAAGUAAUACUUACUAACUUCUUACCUAUUGCACCUCUAAUAUUCUGGCAUCUUAAAAAUAUCCAAUCAGUAAAAACUCACAAAGUAUUCAUUGUUUACCUUUGUUGUCUCCAAAUGCUUUUGCUUCUUCUGUGUUUACUCAAGAAUUAUUCCCACGUUGAAUAAGAAGUGUAAUCUUCAGGGAUUUUAUUUAUAAUAUCACAAUCCAUAUUGUUGCAUGUAGUAAUUUGUGUGGUAUUAAAGCUGUCUGUGACUGCAUUUAAAAAGCUUGAGUGCUCGUUUCCCUUUGUCAUUGAAUUCUCUACUUUCCUAAAUUGUGUAAUCCAGUUGGCAUGGCUGGGAUUGUACUUCUUUAAUAAUACUUGGCAAACAUCCUCAACCUGACACCCCAUCUCAAUUUGUGUUGGUCAGAAUGGACACCAUAUCAGCUGAUGUGACCCUGUUGCAGCGCUCCACGAGGCAAAGUUUGACUAGAAUGAAUUGAUUCACUGGGAUUAGGGAUUAAGAUUUCCCUGGCCGCUUUGGUGGAGUAAAUCUGGGGAUUAUGAUGUCAACAGCCUGUGGCUGCUAGAGAGGAAAUUGAAUUGAGAGGAACAGGAGUGCCGAUGGUGCAGGAUUACAGCACAGUUAGUGAAAAAGCAGAGAUGAGCGUCCGUGUCUGUGCCUUUCUCCUGCUCGGGAAAACCUCCAUGGGAAACCAUUUACUGCCUUUGGGAAGCAGAAAGUGCUUACAUGUCAGAACAUGAUGGGCGAAUGUUCAUGAUGUUGAUUGAGGGAUAAGGAGAUUUCAGUGUCUCUUGUAAUCCUGCUCUGAUCUGGCCUGUGAAGCAUCAGGUGUCGCCAACGACUCCUCCUUCUCCUGUGGUUGCUGCUACGGUUACGUUUGAAAAACCCACUGAGACGAGCAGGAUGAAGGUGAAAAUCACCCACCUGGGUUUGGUCUUCUUCCUCGCUCUGUCACUGGUGAUGACAGGCUGCUUCCUCUGGCAGUAUCGGCUGCCAAAAGUUCUGCCAGAUGAAGUGAUGGGUCGCAAUGCCAAAUUAGAGAUAAAUUGUCCCCGCUUCCCCGAGCCUCUCCCAUUGGAGCAUCCUAUUCCCAGUCUCAAAGAAGCCCUGGAAGAGGUGGAUGUUUUACUACGACAGAGCAUCAACACUAUCAGCCUCCCCACUCUGUCUGCCAUCGUUAUCCUCAACGACACCGUUUUGUGGACCGGCAGCUUCGGAAAGAGGAAUGCUAGCGACCCUUUCUCCGGACCUCCUAAUGAGUACACAGUCUACAGGAUUGCAAGCUUAUCCAAGAUUUUCCCAACCCUGAUGCUGUACAGACUUUGGGAGGAUGGAAAGAUUGGUUCAUUAGAUGACCCUCUGGAAAAAUAUGUGGACAACUUCACUAUAAAAAAUCCUCUGGGAAAGGCACGAGAUUCUCAGUUAAAGUACGUAACUGAUGGCCUGAUAUUUCUAGACAGCGGCGAAGUCCAGAUUCGCUCCUCCUCAGUCACUCUGCGCAGGAUGGCUAGCCAGCUUUCAGGUCUGCCCAGAAGACUCCGGGCCACAAAUCUGCUCUGGAAAGGCAAAACACAAUCUGCAAUCAAUCUCCUACAAGAUGACGUUCUUGUUGCAGAUCCAGGGACCAAGUGUCACUACAGCAACCUUGCCUUUUCUCUGCUCGCUCACAUCAUGGCAGAGCGAAUUGUCGGGGUGGACUACCAGCGGUGGGUAACAGAAAACAUCCUGGACCGCCUAGGAAUGGAAGACACUGGCUUUGAUCUAACUCCUGGGUUGCAAAGUCAAGUGGCCGUUGGAGUGUACUCGAAUGGGAAACCUGCUCCGCUUUAUGACCUCGGUUGGUACCGACCUUCUGGUCAGAUGUUUUCCACAGCUGCAGACAUGGCCAAGCUUGCCAUGAUGCUGCUGGGUGCCUAUCACCGUAAACUGCUGGAGCCAGAUUCCCUGAAGAUCAUGCUGACUCCACUCUUUAGGUGUGAUAAGGACUACUUUGCAAACCGCACCGGGACGCCUUGGGAGGUGAAUGACCUCAUGGGCUACGAGAUGGUUCGAAAAGAUGGUGAUCUGGAUGGCUUCUCUGCUACCUUCUCCCUGGUUCCCAGACUCAAGCUUGGCUUGGUGAUCCUCAUGGCAGGCAGCAGGUCUCAGAAAGAGGAUGUGGUCACCAAGGCCUACAGCUUCAUCAUCCCAGCUAUAGAAAAGGCCUUCAGAGAAGCCAAGAAGGUCCUCAUUGCUCCUCCAAGCCCAGAUCCUUACAUUGGUUUUUACACUUACAGCAACAUCACCUUCUAUGAGAUUAAAGUAGGACCAGAUGGAGUUCUCAUAAUGCAACAGUUUGGUCCUCAGAUUGAAGAGCUGAUCCCAGAGAAAUACAGGACAAUAAAGCUCAACUACCUGGUGGAAAGGGUGUUCAGAGUUGUGUUUGAAAACGAGUACCCUUGUGUUUUACGAGUGGGCACUGCCUCUGUGUCACUGGAAGCCCAAGAUGGCCAACUUUUUAACUUUUAUCUGUUUAACAAGCAGGGGUUGUCCCCUGGCUUUGACGCCCCAGGACUCAACACCUACAAUGUCGUGAGAAUACCCCGCAGGCCAUCCUUCUCCGCCUGAACUGCUGCUGUGCCGUGGCCAAAAGACUGAUGGUGCAGCCUUGGGCUGUGAGAAAGACCGUAAACAGUCAAGGGAACAAUUUUGAGCAGUUGGAUAUAUUUGGAUUAGAAGCUUUUCAAGAAAAGCAACAUUUAUUUUGCGCAAACAAGAAACACAUUUGUUUCUUGUUACGAUGCCCGGUAACAGACUCUGAACCCAACUUUCACAUUUUGGCAACACAGUACCAUUAUUCUUUCUGCCUUCAGUUAACUCUCUUUUUCUCUGUGUUGAGAUUCAUUUUGUCGACUCGUCUUUGUCCCACAAGAAAAAGAGAACAGCUCUCUUGCAUGAAAAUGUACAUAAACUUGCUAAUUUAUUCCAACACUCACUGAACAGAUCUGUUGCAGGCAACGAAACAAGCAACAACAAUCUAAACUGAUCUCAGCUUAGCCUCUCGCUUCAACGUAAACAACGCAGUCCUGACUGACAAAGCUAAUAUGUGGUAAAUCUGACGUUUGUUGUUUUGAAUUAGAAACCUUUGAUGAUGAUAGAACAAAAUAUAUUGAAUUUGUCAAUCCUCUUGUGAGGUAUCUGAGUGUCAUCACAGCUGGAAGAUCAAAGCUCAUUAGUAAUGAAAAGUGGUGAACCACAAUAGAACAAAACUAUACCAACAUGCUAAUUACUGCACUGAUUCCCCGCUAUUGUUCCAGUAGGUUAUUUUGAGCAAGGUCUGUGCAGCAGUGCGGAAAAACGAAGCCUUGCACGCUGCAAUCAUGAGACUGAAUGAUGUCUUCAUGUUUGCCGAUUUUAGGCUAAAAAAGCUUUAAUCAAAAGGUCACGGUAUUAACUGAAGAGCAUACAAUAGUGUGGACUUUCAAGGUGAUGAUUGCACAAUAGCCAUAAUCAGUUUUCAUCAUGACGAUCACAGACAAAUGGCUUAGCAGUCAUUCAAAUCACGUAGAUGAUUGCUGGCCAUGCAACAAGAGACAUAACAAGAUUAAUAGCAUGACAUCCUCUAUCUUCCACUCAAAUACAAAGGCUUCUUUUGGCUGCUCAGCAACACAUUGUUUUUGUUUUUUAUAUUUCCAAAUGAGUACAGAAAUAAUCAAGUUCAGCGUGUAGUCCGUUGGAUAACACUUGAUUUUUCCACUCGCCUACUGGAUUCCCUUCCAAAGCAAAAAGAAAUUACAAAAUAAAACCACAGGAGCAUUGUCCUGAUGUUGAUGCUGGUAGCAUCAGGCCUAACCAUCGACAUAUACAUAUACAAAGUCGGCACAGAUUAAAAUUUAAGAUCUUAUUCACUUUUUUGUCUGAGUUACAUGAGAAUAUCGAUGCUUAUGAGUCACACUGGAACCAGGAAGCAGCCGCUGCAGCCUCAGUAUAGAGACUGUAUACCUCACUUUUUAAACUACUGUACAAUAAAAUUUUAAUGAACAUUUUU